CCUGCCUCCUGCGGUGCCCCUGCCUUGGGGAGGGGCCGUGACCACCCGCCUGUCGCCCGAGGCGGCCGCCGCUGCACCUUCACCGCGUACCCGGGACCCGCCCGCCCGCGGGAGAAAUGUUGCUGAAGUGCUGCUGAAAGGGCCAGAGAUGCAAGGAUUUGGGACACAUUUUGAACCUUUAAGCUGUCUGACAUUGACCUCCUUUCAUUAUUAAUAAAGAAGAAGCAGGAGCUUAGGAUGUAUUAACACCAACUCAUUAAUAUACUAACCGGACAAUGUUCUACAAACAGUUCUACAUUGUAAAGGACUGGAUUGGCACAAAAUAAAAUAAUUUUAUUUUAUUCAGCUUAUAAUAUGACUCGAUGGAGGAAAAUUUGAUAAGCAUGAGGGAAGACCAUUCUUUUCAUGUUCGUUACAGAAUGGAAGCUUCUUGCCUAGAGCUGGCCUUGGAAGGGGAACGUCUAUGUAAAUCAGGAGACUGCCGCGCUGGCGUGUCAUUCUUUGAAGCUGCAGUUCAAGUUGGAACUGAAGACCUAAAAACACUUAGUGCUAUUUACAGCCAGUUGGGCAAUGCUUAUUUCUAUUUGCAUGAUUAUGCCAAAGCAUUAGAAUAUCACCAUCAUGAUUUAACUCUUGCAAGGACUAUUGGAGACCAGCUGGGGGAAGCGAAAGCUAGUGGUAAUCUGGGAAACACCUUAAAAGUUCUUGGGAAUUUUGAUGAAGCCAUAGUUUGUUGUCAGCGACACCUAGAUAUUUCCAGAGAGCUUAAUGACAAGGUAGGAGAAGCAAGAGCACUUUACAAUCUUGGGAAUGUGUAUCAUGCCAAAGGGAAAAGUUUUGGUUGCCCUGGUCCCCAGGAUGUAGGAGAAUUUCCAGAAGAAGUGAGAGAUGCUCUGCAGGCAGCCGUGGAUUUUUAUGAGGAAAACCUAUCAUUAGUGACUGCUUUGGGUGACCGAGCGGCACAAGGACGUGCCUUUGGAAAUCUUGGAAACACACAUUACCUCCUUGGCAACUUCAGGGAUGCAGUUAUAGCUCAUGAGCAGCGUCUCCUUAUUGCAAAAGAAUUUGGAGAUAAAGCAGCUGAAAGAAGAGCAUAUAGCAACCUUGGAAAUGCAUAUAUAUUUCUUGGUGAAUUUGAAACUGCCUCGGAAUACUACAAGAAGACACUACUGUUGGCUCGACAACUUAAAGACCGAGCUGUAGAAGCACAGUCUUGUUACAGUCUUGGAAAUACAUAUACUUUACUUCAAGACUAUGAAAAGGCCAUUGAUUAUCAUCUGAAGCACUUAGCAAUUGCUCAAGAGCUGAAUGACAGAAUUGGUGAAGGAAGAGCAUGUUGGAGCUUAGGAAAUGCAUACACAGCACUAGGAAAUCAUGAUCAAGCAAUGCAUUUUGCUGAAAAGCACUUGGAAAUUUCAAGAGAGGUUGGGGAUAAAAGUGGUGAACUAACAGCACGACUGAAUCUCUCAGACCUUCAAAUGGUUCUUGGUCUGAGCUACAGCACAAAUAACUCCAUAAUGUCUGAAAAUACUGAAAUUGACAGCAGUUUGAAUGGUGUAUGCCCCAAGUUGGGACGCCGGCACAGUAUGGAAAAUAUGGAACUUAUGAAGUUAACACCAGAAAAGGUACAGAACUGGAACAGUGAAAUUCUUGCUAAGCAAAAACCUCUUAUUGCCAAACCUUCUGCAAAGCUACUCUUUGUCAACAGACUGAAGGGGAAAAAAUACAAAACGAAUUCCUCCACUAAAGUUCUCCAAGAUGCCAGUAAUUCUGUUGACCACCGACUUCCAAAUUCUCAGAGGAAAAUCAGUGCAGAUACUAUUGGAGACGAAGGGUUCUUUGACUUAUUAAGCCGAUUUCAAAGCAAUAGGAUGGAUGAUCAGAGAUGUUGCUUACAAGAGAAGAACUGCCAUACAGCUUCAACAACAACUUCUUCCACUCCCCCCAAAAUGAUGCUAAAAACACCAUCUGUUCCUGUGGUAUCCCCCAACACGGAUGAAUUUUUAGAUCUUCUUGCCAGCUCACAGAGUCGCCGUCUGGAUGACCAGAGGGCUAGUUUCAGUAAUUUGCCAGGGCUUCGUCUAACACAAAACAGCCAGUCGGUACUUAGCCACCUGAUGACUAAUGACAACAAAGAGGCUGAUGAAGAUUUCUUUGACAUCCUUGUAAAAUGUCAAGGAUCCAGAUUAGAUGAUCAAAGAUGUGCUCCACCACCUGCUACCACAAAGGGUCCGACAGUACCAGAUGAAGACUUUUUCAGCCUUAUUUUACGGUCCCAGGCAAAGAGAAUGGAUGAACAGAGAGUUCUUUUACAAAGAGAUCAAAACAGAGACACUGACUUUGGGCUAAAAGACUUUUUGCAAAGUAAUGCUUUGUUGGAGUUUAAAAAUUCAGGGAAAAAAUCAGCAGACCAUUAGUUACUAUGGAUAUUUUUUUUUUCCUUUCAAACACGGUAAGGAAACAAUCUAUUACUUUUUUCCUUAAAAGGAGAAUUUAUAGCACUGUAAUACAGCUUAAAAUAUUUUUAGAAUGAUGUAAAUAGUUAACCCUCAGUAGUCCAUUAAGGCAUUAAUACUUCUCUGGACACGCGCGUGUUUGAGGGUGGAGGUGUCCUGUAAGGUGCUUCAUCAUCUGUGAUUACUACUUGGGAUGUGUUCUUUGGCAGCUUGUUAGAUUACUUUACCUAGUGUUUGUAAAGUAGGUGAAUCAUAGAUUAGUUUGUAAUGUAAGUGAAUCAUAGAUUAGAAUUUAAUCCUCUCAUGGAAAUAAUUUUUUAAAAUCUUAAUUGACAAUGGCAUUUUUUUAUACAUAACCAUGGAUGUAGUGGGAAACAAUGCUGUUUAGUAAAGGUAAGGUACUUGAUCAAUGUAAAAAAGUAUAUAAAAUAGUCUUACUAAAAAUCUAGGGUUUUUUUUC